ACUCUAAAACAAAACGAAACAAAGCAAAACAAAAACAAACUCUUCUCCUCUUUGUGGGCCCAUUUCCGCCAUAGCCAAGAACUAGCCCCCACCUCAACAUUCAUCCCAUCAUUGCCAUCAAGAAUUCUCUCUCUUUCAUUACCGUUUUCGCAAUUUGCUGUCCUCACAAUUUCCCACAAGCAACAUCUCUCUGUCUUCAUGAUAACAGAGUCUUCUUUUCCUUUAGCUGAUUCUGGUUUUGUUUCUUCUUUUUACUACUAAAGAUUAAAGAUACGUUCAAAUGACUCUGGUUUUGAUGAUGGGUUGUUUCUGAAGGAAGUUGGUUUUUCUUUGGCUUCUUGCUGCUUUACGCUAUAAUGGGGAAUUGCUUGUGUAGGUGGGAGCCUUCCAUUUACAGAGUCUCAUCUAAUGCUAAGUCAGAGUCUCCAAAAGACCACAGUCCCUCAGAGAAACAAAGGAGGGACGAUAGUAAGUUGCCCUCCAAUCCCAAAGAAGUAGAAGACCUACGUCGUGAUUCUGCUGCGAAUCCGUUGAUUGCAUUCACAUUCGAAGAGUUGAAGAUCAUCACUGGAAAUUUCAGGCAGGACGGUGUGUUGGGUGGAGGAGGUUUCGGAUGUGUUUAUAAAGGGUUGAUUUCUGAGGACUUGAGGGAGGGGCUUCAGCCCCUUGCUGUUGCUGUAAAGGUGCAUGAUGGUGAUAACAGUUAUCAAGGACACAGAGAAUGGCUGGCAGAGGUCAUAUUUCUGGGUCAGCUUUCUCAUCCAAAUUUGGUGAAACUUAUUGGCUACUGCUGCGAAGAUGACCAUCGGGUGCUGAUAUACGAGUAUAUGGCUCGUGGCAGUGUGGAAAACAAUCUUUUCUCAAGAGUAUUGCUUCCUCUUCCUUGGUCUACUAGAAUGAAGAUUGCUUUUGGUGCUGCAAAAGGACUUGCCUUUCUCCAUGAAGCAGAGAAGCCCGUCAUCUACCGGGAUUUUAAGACAUCUAAUAUUCUACUGGACCUGGAAUACAACGCCAAGCUCUCUGAUUUUGGCCUUGCCAAAGAUGGGCCCGUAGGAGACAAAUCCCAUGUUUCCACUCGCAUUAUGGGAACAUAUGGAUAUGCAGCACCUGAAUACAUCAUGACAGGACAUCUGACUCCUCGAAGUGAUGUGUACAGCUUUGGUGUUGUUCUUCUUGAACUUCUCACAGGAAGGAAAUCAUUAGACAAGUCACGGCCAGCCCGUGAACAGAACCUCACUGAUUGGGCUCUACCUCUCCUCAAAGAGAAGAAGAAAUUGCUCAACGUAAUAGAUCCGAGAUUACAAGGAGAUUAUCCCAUCAGAGGGGUUCACAAAGCUGCCAUGCUAGCCUAUCAUUGCCUGAACCGGAACCCGAAAGCAAGGCCUCUAAUGCGAGAUAUAGUAGAUUCCUUGGAGCCUCUGCAGGGUUCCGACGAAGUUCCAACGGACAAAACUGUCAUAACUGUGAUUACUGAGGUGCCAAAAGACGAGUUAAAUAACAAGGGAGAUUCACACUGUAAUUGAACUUGACGCGUGCUUUUAUUUCGUCAACUUUCUUCUCCAAUUUGCAAGGGGAGUUUUUGCACUAGAUGGCCUUCAUGAGCAAAUCUAAGAUGUCUUCCUCCCCACCCAGUCUUUAAUUUCCUCUUCUGGCUGAAACAUGGUCAUUGUAGUGGCUUGCAAGCUAUUUGAUUAUUGUAAAGUUAACAGCCGAUUUGUACCUGUA